CCACAAAUGGCUCGUAUAUAAGAAGCUAGGGUUUUAACCUAACCCUAAGAAUACUCCUCCCAACAUCCCUCUCUCAGCAGUCGGCCGAUUGGUUUUUCUCCAGAUCUUUGACGAACUUAGUCGCCGCAGCCAAAAUGCAGAACGAAGAGGGAAAGAUCACGGAGCUUUACAUUCCUAGGAAGUGUUCCGCUACAAAUCGGCUCAUCACUUCCAAGGACCACGCCUCGGUUCAGAUCAACAUCGGUCACGUCGAUGAGAAUGGCAUCUAUACAGGCCAAUUCUCCACUUUCGCACUUUGUGGUUUCAUCCGUGCUCAGGGAGAUGCCGACAGUGCUUUGGACAGGCUGUGGCAGAAGAAGAAAGCCGAAGUUCGUCAACAGUAGAAGAAUCCAAAAUUUCUUUUCCCCGAAAUUUAUUUCAAUUUACGGUUAGUUAAUAUUGCGAACAUGAACGUUGAGAGCCUUCCUUGACCUCUUUGAACGCUUCUAAAAUUGUAGUGCUGCUUGGAACCUCCAUCGCUGAGGUUGGUUUUGAUAAUUUAUUAGUGGAUUUAUCUUCCAGUUUUUUGAACUCCUUAAAUAGCCGUUGGAAUUAGUGAUAUAUAGCAAGUGUAUUAUUCUUUUUUGGUUUA